AUGCCAUCCCGACGGAGCUACAAGGCCAGCUCUCGGCAUGGCUGCUUAGAGUGCAGAGGCCGGCGAAUCAAGUGUGGAAAAGAACAACCCCAGUGCGCCUCUUGUCACAAUCGAAAUCUUAUAUGCGAAUAUCUACCACCUGCCGCCGCCACCUUGGCCUGGCAAAAAAUCAAGUCUCGGUCAUCAACACCUGUCCCCACUCCGGCCAAAGUCUCACCGUCUGUUGUCGAUCCAGCGUUCAUGGCUCAACAUCAAAGUCUUACGGAACCCACUGUGGCUCGCCUCCCUUCCAGGGAUCUCAAUAUCGAGGACCUUGAACUGAUGAUGCAGUGGUGUACGACGACGUAUCGCUCUGUCUCCCGCAACAGUACCGUCGAAUCUGUGUGGCAGGCCGUUGUUCCUCGAGAAGCUAUGCGCCAUCCGUUUCUUAUGCAUGGAAUCCUGGCGCUUUCUGCACUGCAUUUAGCGGCCAACAGCGAUGAUGCCGCAAAAGAGCAGUACGUUAGGACCUCGAAGAUGCAUCAGAAUCAGGCUGUGAUUGGCCUGGCUAAAUUGGCCAGGAAGCUGAAGCCAUACCAUUCUGACGCGGCAUUCACACUGUCCAACAUCAUGAUGAUUUUUUCAUUUGCCCUUCCGGAGAUUGUUGGCCAGACGCCGGGCAAAAGCGCCUUGGAUGAACUGUACCAGGUGUUUAUAUCAACAAGGGAGUCAGAAGACGUAAUCGCCAACAUCAUCAGUUGGGUAGGAAACGGGGAACUCAAGCCGUUGCUGCAAUGUGACAAGGCCACGCCCAAGAUGCCCGACACCUCUCGGUUAGCGAUAAUGUCUCUUACUCAAUUGAACGCGAAUUUGGCGCACCAGAAUCCUGACCACGACAAGGAUCUCUACGACACAACAAUCAAGCAUUUGGGAUCCGCCUUGGACAAGGUAGCAAGAGGCGGAGAAACAAUGAUCGUUGCCUUUCACUGGAUUUUCCAGGUGCCGCAAAAAUACAUGGAACUAUAUCGACAACGCGAACCAUUUGCAUUGGUGAUCCUCGCUCAUUACGCCGUGAUCAUCCACUUUCUAAGGCGGCAAUGGUGGAUGGGCGAAUGGGGCCUCAGGCUGAUUCGAGACAUUGGCCAGCACUUGGAUUCCAACUGGAGGAAGUCAAUCACCUGGGUUCUAGACGCAACGGGCUAUUAUCUUCCUCCGGUGUGA